GAGGGGGAAGGGGGACCAUGGUUAGAGUCAUUAUAUUUCAGGUGGCUGCAUUGUGGACCAUGAUGUUAACGUGACCGGAGACUCUGGACCACAGAAGGUUCAUCAUUACCUCUUCUUCUCAUCUCACUACUGUGAGGUCACUUCCUCUCUCGGUUUCAGGUUCUCCUGACACUCUGACAUCACAGGGGUUAUCACAGAGAUAUUCAACAGGCCCAGAACCAUGCUAUUAACCAAUCAGCUUCACUUCACAGGGCUGUACUUACAGAUGAUUAACCAAUCAGCUUCUCUUCACAGGGCUGUACUUACAGAUGAGACAGAAUGCAGACAGACCUUCCUUCUUCCAGUCCAUUUCCCCAAGGUGGCGUGGUUUUCAGUGUGUCUGUGUUUUGAUUCUAAUCAAUGGUAAGUUUGUUUCAGAACCAGACACUCCCCCUCAGUUUCUGCUAGCCAGGACAUUUUCAGACUACGAGGUACAAUUGUCAUGGGAACCACCGAAAGAGGCCAACUCUGAGAUCCUCUACUACAUAGUCAGAGUCUGGAAUGAGUCUUCUGAGGUGUGGCAGAAUGUGACAGAUACAGCUGUGGUUAUCAGUGUUGACUCAGAGAGUCGCUACAAUGCCUCUAUCUCCAGCUGGACACGCCUGGGGGACGGGGGAGUCCUUAUAUACAUCAGCUUCAGUACUAUUGACACAGUGCCGUUUGACCCUCCCCAGAAUGUGUCGUUGGUGAACCUGACCUCUUCCUCGGUGACCAUGCUCUGGCAACCUCCCACUCAGCCAAAUGGAAUACUCCUGCACUACACUCUGUACUACUCAGACAAUACCACUGUCACAGAACAGCAUAUCCCAGUGUCAGAGCUGGACCCUGUCUCCCCGGGGGAGGACCUGUCCUACCGUUUGUCUGGCCUGAGAGGAGGACAGAACUACAGCCUCUGGCUGACUUCCAGCACCCUGCAGGGGGAUGGGGGGGUCCAUACUGAUCCCUUAAACCUACUCACCCCAGAGGAUGCCACCGGACCUCCAGCCCACCCUGCCUGUCCUGCCCUGCCAAGCCCAGCAGGGCUCACUGCCCUGGGCUCAGACACCCACACACCGCCCUCUCUCCUCCACCCAUCCAUCCACAUUACCAGCCUCUCAAUCUGCCUUCACUGAGGUCUCCCCUCCCUCCUUGUUUCCUCCAUCUCCACUUCUCUUAUUCUCUCCAUCCCUGUUUCCCGAGGUGUGCACAUGCUCAGUUUGCUCUCUCAAUAUGGUCAGACUCAGUGACCGGAGCUUAGAGGAUAUACACCAGAAGAGGGUGUAGCCAGGAUGAGUAUCUGCUGUUCAAAGUGUCUUUCUUCAAACUUCCUCGACUUGAAGUUUUUCAAAACAAAGUUUCUCGAUAUAACUUUUCUACAAACAAAGUUUCUCUGGUCAAAUGUUUUUCUUUUCACACUGAGGUUCUCCCUGUUGAUCAUGGGGUGAUGAUCCUCAUGAUGAUGAUGAUGAUGAUGAUGAUGAUGAUGAUGAUGAUGAUGAUGAAGUGCUGUUUUGUGUGUCUCUCUGUCCCUGGGGUGGCUCAAGUGUUUGAUUUCUUAAUAAUAUUGUUGAUUUGGGUGGAGAUGUAUUACAUGUAUAUACAGCAUCCAUCAACUUACUGUAGCUUGAAGUGUUUAAGCAAUGACACCCUGUUUGCUAUGUAAUGCAUAUUGCCCCAUCAUUUCGGACGCAGUCCUAGUAUUCAGUGAUAUAAA